AUGGAGGACCAGGAAGAUGUCAACUCUUUCCGGAACGGGCCUCGUGAUAAAAAAGAGUUCAUGUACAAGGAAGAGAGCGAUUCAGCAGUAGGUGGAGAUUCUGUUCAUAUCAUUGACAUGAACCUGGUUGAUGAAGUUGAUAAAUUGGAAAAAAAAAUAAAGGAGCCUGCUAAGAAUGGUACUGCAAAGAAUGCAAAUGAUGCUAUGUGCACACCUGCCAAGGCUAGUGGACUGAAUGGUACUCCAGCAGAAAAGCCAUUUGGCGAUGUUGGUAGCACACCGGAUAAUCCGUUCAUCAUUGAAAAUGCUGAUCCGGUGACAUCAGAUUCAGAAAUUGAUCUUGACGCAGUAACUAUUAGCAAGUUCAUAUCUAAAUCAAAGGAAGAUGAGUUGGCUGGGAAGAGGAAGCGAACAAUUCCCAAAAAAUUUCAAUCUCCCUAUGCUCUAGACAGACGCACCAAGCGUCAAGUCCGUGGUUCAUCCACAAAAGCUCUGAAUUUCGAUGAUAAACCUGGAGCAGAUACAAAUGCAAUACCGGAUGCAUCAUGUGAUUUGACGCCUGAACUAGUAGACGCAGCUAUAGUCUUCCUCGAGCUUGCAUCUCGCUCAGAGCAACACAAAAAAAAGAAUGUUUACCGAGUCAUAGAUGGUUACAUUGGGCAUUUGAACCUCCGUGUUGGGGAUGAUCGCUUCUUGUGUCCAGCAUGGAGAUCUAAAUAUCUAGUAGACCGGGCAAAUGCGGGAGACAAACCCAAAGAAUCCAGCAAGAACAUGGAUAGCACGAUGGUAAGAUAUGGCGCGGUUGGUAGAGUGGUGACGGAAUACACCGUCCGUGACAAGGUUUAUUUUCCACUCAACAUUGGCAAUACACACUGGACGACCGUUGUCCUACACAUACCGAAGCAAGAAUUCCAAGUUCUCGACUCACUUUAUCCUCUAGAGUUUACGUUGGAGACUGUUGAGGCACUUCGGCGCCAAAUUGCAGACGACAUGCAAGUGGCCAACGAAGUCACGAGUGGAAAUCAUCCCGACGUUUCAAAGUGGCCGAUAUUAGAGUACGACAUGCCGCAGCAACAUCACGGGAACUCUUGUGGAUUGUUUGUGAUGGAAUGCAUGGAGCAUUGGGAUGGGGAUCGGAUGACUGUAGAGAUUUCACAGAUCAAAAUUAAUGCAAGGCGAAGACGAGUUGUCGCUGAAAUGAUGUUAUCACCUUUGAACAAGUUAGAGAUGGUGAAAGAGAGAAUUCGGUCCAUCGCUUCCAGGAUCAACAAGAAGACAUAG